AUGGAGGCAUCUCCGUUAACAGUUGUACUCGUUGCAUUUGCAAUUAAUUGUUUGGUUUCGCCAAUCCCUGAAGUUUCUACCGAGCUCUACGUUUUUCCCUACAUUGCUAUUAAUCUUGCAUUUUAUUUCCACCUUUGUUCCCGGUCAUAUGCCCAGUAUCACAUAUUGACUUCCAUAGGAAGCGCAAAUUCCAUCUUUCUCACUAGCUCAGCCAUUAUUAGCAUAGUUCGUCGCCUCUUCUUCUCACCCCUCAGGAAGUUUCCUGGUCCGAAGCUGGCAGCAGUAUCUGGCUUGUGGAAUGCGAUAGAGGCCGGUCUGGGACGUGCUUCUAGAACCCACAAGGCGCUUCAUGAGAAGUACACAAGUGAUAUCAUCCGUAUUGGGCCCAAUGAACUUUCUAUUAACAGUGUCGAUGCUAUCGAAAAGCUAUAUGGCGGUAAAUAUAUCCGAGGGACAUUCAAUCAAGUUUUCAAUAUCCCUGGAGGAGAAAAUGUUGCGACACUAAGAGACCAGAAGUUGCAUGGGGCUUGGAGGAGAAUGCUGUUGAAAGCUUUCAGCAAAUCGGAACUAUCGCGUAUGACUGAACGAAUACAAACGCAUGUCGACCGAACCAUUGCAAUUUUACAUCAGAAAGCGUCAAGCUCAGUUGAUUGUGGCCAGCUAUUAGACGCUUUCGCUUUCGACGUAAUCUCACACCUCGGUUUCUCUUAUGAUUCUGGUUUCCAAGACGGGUAUGGUGAUAUGACCCCAUUGAAUUCAAUACCCUCAUUUCUGCGGUUCGUGUCGUUCGCGGGUCACUUGCCUCACCUACAACAGAUUUUGCGUUAUCUACCACUGCCUGACGAGCCUUUCAUCAAACUAGCUAAUCAGAUCAUGGCGGCACAUGAGUCUCGAGAGGGCAAAAGCCAAGAUAUACUCAGCCAUCUACUGGUUCCAGACACCGAGACGAAUUUGGGCCUGAGCCCAGCGGACGUCAAGCAACAUGUCCUUCUCCUUCUAACUGUGGGUGCACAUUCCAUAGGCACCACUUUAACGUGUAUUUUUGCUGCUCUUGCGUCUCGACCAGAGAUCCAAGAGAAUCUCCGCAAAGAGAUAGACUCGACAUCGACUUUACACGGAGUUUUGUCUAGUGUAGAGAUUGGAAAAUUAAAGCUUCUGGAGAGUGUGGUGAAAGAAGCCUUGCGCAUGUUUGGGCCUCUCCAAGGAGGAACACCGGCAAUUGUUCCCAAGGGAGGAAUAAUACUCGACACAGGCAUCAUACUUCCUGAAUAUACACAAGUCUACGUUGGCCAGCAUGUGAUUGGAAUGGAUGAGAGAUAUUUCAUUAGAGCCAAGGAGUUUCUUCCCGAGCGCUGGAUGGAAGAUAGCAUAGGGAAAGGAAACAAUUCAUUGAUCAAGGAUCGACGAGCGUGGAUCCCCUUUGGAUAUGGAACUCACGCUUGUGGUGGAAGAGCUCUCGCGAUUGAGGAACUCAAACUCAUGGUGGCGCGAGUUAUAAGAGAAUUCAGGGUUGAUUUCCCGCAGGAUCUCGGCCGCCCAUUCGAUUUUGAUGCUUGGGUCGAUGGGAUAAAGGACCAUUUCCUAACAGUUAUCGAGAAGAUGGAGUUGACCUUCACGCCCUGGGUAGAUAUUCAACGCUGA